UUUCGUUCGGACUUUCCGACGAAGUGAUACAAUGGUGAUACCAUUUCAAAGUUGAUUAUGAGUUUCCUGUAUGAUCUAUUAAGAAGUGCCUUUGUGAGGAUGUUACAGUUGAUAUGGUUUAGCAAAAAAAAGAUAUCAAACUCGCUGAGUAUAUACGUAAAAACUAAUACAGGGAAUACGCUGUCUGUAGAUUUGGAUCCAAAAUGGGACAUCAGAAACGUAAAGGAAAUUGUUGGACCACAACUGGGUAUUUCACCCGAAGAUAUCAAAAUCAUAUUUGCAGGGAAAGAACUACACAAUUCUACGAUACUAGAGGAGUGUGAUCUUGGUCAGCAAAGUGUAUUGCACGCCAUAAAGUUGCCCCCUAACAAAAAUCGGCCUUAUAGAAACCGAAAGCCUAGUGAUCUCAUUGAAGAAUCUAAUGAUGAAGGAUCCGAGGCUAAUGAUAGUGGGAGUAAGCCCAUGAAUGAAACUCUAGUCGAUUUAUCAUUGGAUGAAUCCGAUCCUCAGGAAGUUUCCAACGAUCUAGCUCAACAAAAAAAUAAAGCACAUUUUUAUGUGUACUGUUCACUACCAUGUAAAUCUGUGGAGGCUGGGAAGCUGCGAGUGAGGUGCGCAACUUGUGGAAGUGGGGCUGUUACUGUAGAUAGAGACCCUCAAUGCUGGCCUGACGUUCAACAGCCAAGUAGAAUAACUGUACAUUGUGAGAAUGACGAAUGUCAGAAGUUACUUUCUUCUUCAGCUGAGCAAGACGAAGGCUCGCAAGUACGAUAUGCUCAAUUUUACUUCAAAUGUGCCAGUCAUGCAAGUCUGGGAGAAAACGACGAGGCUGUACCCUUAUACUUGAUAAAACCAAAUCUGAGAAACAUUCCUUGUCUUGCUUGUACUGAUACAAGGGAAACAGUACUAGUUUUCCCAUGCGAAGCUGGUCAUGUAACAUGCCUGGAUUGUUUCCGAGAUUAUUGUGUUGCUCGUUUGCGAGAGCGCCAAUUUGAGUUUGACGAUAAUCAUGGAUACUAUACUCUCCCAUGCCCUGCAGGGUGUCAAAACUCACACAUCUACGAAGUCCAUCAUUUCAGACUUCUCUCUGCCCCACAAUAUGAGCAGUAUCAACGUUUUGGUGCAGAAGAGUAUGUGCUCAAAGCUGGAGGUCUUCUGUGUCCAAGACCUGAUUGUGGUAUGGGUAUAAUCCCGCCCACGCAGACAGAGGAGAAACUAUCGGGAGAUCCAGAUGAUGAUGACUGUCGUAGAAUUCAAUGCAUCGGCGGCUGUGGGUAUGUCUUCUGCAGAAGAUGUUUGCAGGGAUUUCACGUUGGUGCUUGCGAAUCACAGCAGCCAGCAUCUUAUUCUACUUCUUCCUCUGCUUCUUGCCCUUCUGGUUACGCUGUGGAUCCUCUACGAGCUAGCGAAGCCAAGUGGGAUGAAGCAAGUAAAAAGACGAUUCAAAUAUCUACCAAACCCUGCCCAAAGUGUAGAACGCCGACCGAACGAGAUGGCGGCUGUAUGCAUAUGGUUUGUACAAGAGCAGGCUGCGGUUUCCAGUGGUGUUGGGUUUGUCAGACUCAGUGGACGAGAGACUGCAUGGGAAGUCAUUGGUUUGGAUAAUAUCUUUAAACCACACACAGCGUUCAAUAAAUGUACAUAUGAUAUCAUACCAAAAGGCUGUUUCAUGCCAAUCAAAAUCGCGGUAGGUAGUAAUUGGUUGAAUAAAUUGUUAUUCGUUUAA